UCAUCGGCUUUCUGGAAGAAUAUAUUCUUCCAAAUAUUAAAGAGAAGGAACUCUUAGACACAAAUUUUGAUGUUGAAAACUUUAAGAAAACAGAUCAGGUUCAAGCAUUCUUAACUGACCUACACGAAAUUAUUAAGAAUUUACAUUCCGAUGAAGGUAUAGAGGAAGCUGAAACAGAUAUGCUAGUAUCUAAUAUACUAUUUCAAAUUGUUGGCUUGCAUUGUCAUCCAUUUAGAGUUAGAAUACAUCCAUGGUGCAGACUAUAUAUUGCAAGCGAAGUUUACAUGAUAGCAAGACCUGAAUUCAUUAUUAGCAGAAAGAAUAUUUCUAUGGUUGUCAUAGAGAAUAAGCAUAUAGAAAAUAAAAACCUUAUCCCUACAAAAGGCUAUGGAGAGGCGCAAUUGGCCACAGAAAUACUUGCAUGUGCGAAUAAAAACAUGCUUAAAACUGACAUAAAUUUGGAUCAAAUUAUAUUUGCUGUCAGAGUUGUUUCUACAUAUUUUACAUUUUACAAGGUCAUAAUCCCUAGCAGAUACUGGAAAGAACUUGGUUAUGGAUUGCCAGAGAAGGAGUCAAUUAUAAUUAAAAGAUGGCCAGAAGGUAUGCAUCCAUCAAAUGGUCUGGAUAUCACAGAACCAAGUGGAAGGCAAAAUGUAUUGGAAGCAUUUUUCAAAAUUCGUAAACAUCUUUUGUAA